GAAGGCGGCGCGGCCCGCCGGGGGAUGUGGAGAGCAGGCAUGGCAGCCGGGGAAGGGCUGGGCCCGGCGCUGCGGGCCGUCACCGAGCGGGUGCAGCAGGCGGCAGCCCGGAGGCCGCAGGGGCUCCCAGCCGUGCAGCCCCGGCUGGUGGCCGUCAGCAAGACGAAGCCGGCGGAGAUGGUGAUAGAGGCGUACAACCACGGGCAGCGCAGCUUCGGCGAAAAUUACGUUCAAGAGUUGCUAGAAAAGGCAUCAGACUCGAGAAUUCUGUCGUCUUGUCCAGAGAUUAAGUGGCAUUUUAUUGGCCAUCUGCAGAAAAAUAACGUCAACAAGUUGAUCGCUGUCCCUAACCUGUUCAUGUUGGAAACAGUGGAUUCUGUGAAACUGGCAGACAGAGUCAACAGCUCGUGGCAGAAAAAAGGGUCAACUCAAAAACUAAAAGUCAUGGUGCAAGUUAACACUAGCGGAGAAGACAGUAAGCACGGCCUGCCUCCUGGAGACACCGCAGCAGCUGUGGAGCAUGUCAUCAACAAGUGCCCAGGCUUGGAAUUUGUGGGACUGAUGACAAUUGGCAGCAUCGGCCAUGACCUUAGUAAGGGGCCAAAUCCUGAUUUCCAGAUGUUGCUGUCUUUGCGGCAGGAAGUGUGUGAAAAGCUGAACCUCCCCAUUGAGAAGGUGGAGCUGAGUAUGGGCAUGUCCACAGACUUCCAGCACGCAAUAGAGGUUGGAUCCACAAAUGUCAGGAUUGGAAGCACAAUUUUUGGAGAACGAGAUUAUUCUAAUAAAGCCAACGGUGACAAGGCCCUUGCUGAAACCAAAGGUAAAAUGGAGGCCUUGACAGUGCAGGGUCAUUAAACAGGGAAAAAGUGGCCUCGACGGAAGACAGAUGAUGGGAGACCUCACUAUGCAUUCUCACCUCCCUCCAUUUUGGCACUCAAUCAUGAUGGUGAGAGGAAGUUCGACAUAACAGAACAGAGGUCAGAAAUGCCUCAUAAUUUAUUGUGAUUAUAGAGUACCCAUAGAAACUGGAAUUUUUGUAGCCAGCAAAUGGUAAGAAAAAUUGUGGUUGAAAGUGACUUUAGUAUCUUAGCUACUUCAGGCUCAUUAAGAACAAUUAUUUUUGGAAAACUAGAUUGGAAAAAAAUUAUUUGUAGGAAUGGAGUUGCUAAUGAGCAAGAUAUAUGCACAGCAGUGUCAGUUACUGUUUUCACUGAGGAGUAAAUUCUUCAUUAACAAGUUUUAAUCUUGCCAGAGACCUAUAAAUAUUUCCUUUCCUUAAGUGAAAGUUUUGCACGUGAUCACAACUGAGUGGUUGCUUAAAUAGAAGCUUCUUGUAACACUUACUGGUACUGAAGAGACUAUAUGUGUUUAAAUUGAGGAUGAAUAACAGGCACAUGAGGAUGAAUAAAGAACAGUUGCCAGCAUGAGUUCAUACUGUAAUGUUUUGGAUGCAGAUUGCAAGUCACUGCUAACUUGUACCAUUGGUGACAUGUCUCCUCAUAUUUUCUGGGAUGCUUUCAACCUUUCCAGUCCACUCUUGUGAAGUGUUGUUGGGAGUUAUUUUCAUCCUGUACACUAGUUCUGGAUGCUCAUAAGUUGUUUUUGAUCAGAGCAAGCUGUUCUUCAGGCUACUUGGACUACCUUUGGCUUGCUGUUGCUUUCUCAGGAAAGCCACUUAACCAUUUGGUGCCUCUGCUAUCUCGUCUACAUCUGUAUAAGGAUGAUAAUACGUACUCAUCUCACAGGGGAGCAGUGAGAUUUGCUUGUUUGCUAGAGGCCCUUAGGGGAAAAGUAGUUCAAAAAGUAUUAUUACUCCACUGUGUUUUAGGUUCCUGAAAAUAUCCUUUCACCACUGACAGAGUUUUUGGACUAUUCUUAAUACAUUUAAGUGUCUAGCCUUUUCUUCUCCUGAGAGAGGGCAACGGGACUCUUCCAUUGCAGUAGCUGUUUCAUUAAGGUGUGAGUAAAGCUCCUGUAUUCUGUUACGUGCGAUCUGGCUAACAGUAGCCACAUCACAUCUCUUAUAAAGUGCAUUACAACUACCUGUUAUGGGUUCUUGUGUGUUGCUAAGAGGAAGAGACACUGCCAGCAGAAACACUAUUCCCCGGCUUCUGUGUGUGUGUAUGUGGUUAAACCUAGCUGUGGAUUUAUUUUCUGACUCUAAAUGCUGAAUGUAAAUGAAAAGAGUAAACUCUUUAACUCCAAGCUAUCAUAAGUACGCGGUUAAAGGGAACAUGCAGUCUGAGUUGCCCUCCUCAGAGCUGCACCAUGUGUUGUUUCAUAGUCUAUUAGUAAAAAUGGUGAAUUUGGAUACCAUCUGUGCCAACUAUAAAGCUAUUAAAGAUGUUAUUUUUAUGUUCCAGUGUUGUGAAUAAAUGGCCUGAGAGUUGUUGUUGAA